AUGCCAAGACUCCGCUUGCAACCCCAGCUACCAGAACGCGCUCUGAUUGGCGGAAGCCAGAUUAUGCUUAUCCACCCGCUCCCCGAUGAUUGGUGGACUACCCCGGCAAAGACUGGGAUCCGGGGAAUCGGGCCACGAGCUCACAAAAUUCCUAAGCCGAAGAAGGCCAAGCGCGGUAAUUGCGAAGUUCCCCGAAUCCGGAAGCCGUGUUCGGGCGAGAAAAGAGUCGGCUGA